AUGGCUUUGAAGCGUGUGAUGACCUGCUGGCUUGAUGUAGAAGACCGGUUUUCCCCACCCCACCCUUUGAAAAUUAUUCUUUUGAAGAUUCUUCGUUGUCAAGCCGCCAAAGUGGAGAGUGUGAUUGCAGAAGGGGGUGCUUCUCGUUUCAGUGCUUCUUCGGGUGGAGGAGGAGGUAGGGGUGCACCUCAGCACUAUCCCAAGACUGUCGGCAACAGCGAGUACCUGGGGAAAUCCCCAGGGCCUAGCGUUCAGAGAUGGGUUCCUUCAAGAAGCACUAGACGAGAUGCCAACACCUCCGGCGAAAAAGAAAGACAUGAUGCUAUAUUCAGGAAAGUAAGAGGCAUACUUAAUAAGCUGACCCCUGAGAAGUUUGACAAGCUAUGCCUUGAGCUCCUUAAUGUGGGCGUAGAUUCUAAACUCGUCCUCAAAGGAAUCAUCUUGCUGAUUGUAGACAAAGCCCUAGAAGAGCCCAAGUACAGCUCGCUCUAUGCUCAGCUAUGUCUGCGCUUGGCAGAGGAUGCACCAAACUUUGAUGGCCCAGCACCAGAGAUCCAACCCUCCCAAAAGCAGAGCACAACCUUCAGAAGACUUCUGAUAUCCAAGCUUCAAGAUGAAUUUGAAAACCGCACCAAAAAUGUUGAAAUCUACGACAAACAGGACAACCCUCUCACCUCUGAAGAGGAGGAGCAGAGAAACAUUGCCAAGAUCAAGAUGCUCGGCAACAUUAAAUUCAUCGGAGAACUUGGCAAACUUGACCUCAUCCAUGAAUCUAUCCUUCAUAAGUGCAUCAAAACACUUCUGGAAAAGAAGAAGAGGGUCCAGCUCAAGGAUAUGGGGGAGGAUCUGGAGUGCCUCUGUCAGAUAAUGAGAACGGUGGGGCCGAGACUCGAUCAUGAGAAAGCAAGGUCUUUAAUGGAUCAGUACUUUGGCCGUAUGCAAUCCUUAAUGAACAACAAGGACUUGCCAGCAAGGAUUCGUUUUCUGCUGCAAGAUACAGUGGAGCUGCGAGAAAACAACUGGGUUCCUCGCAAAGCUUUUAUUGACAACGGACCAAAGACGAUUAACCAGAUUCGUCAAGAAGCAGUGAAGGAUUUGGGUGUAUUCAUUCCGCCCAUGACCCAGGGAAUGCGAAUGGACUUCUUUCUGGAUGGCCCCUUCAUGCCACCCAGGAUGAAACUGGACAGAGAAACUCUUGGGGGAUUGGCUGACAUGUUUGGACAAAUGCCAGGCAGUGGCAUAGGCACUGGUCCGGGAGUCAUUCAGGACCGCUUCUCGCCCACCCUGGGCCGCCAUCGCUCCAACCCGCUCUUCAACGGACACAGCGGCGGACACAUGACUCCUCCCCCCCAGUCUCAGUUUGACUUGGGCGUCAAACCCUUCAUGAAAUCCAACCAGGGACAGAAUCAACAUUUCCAGACCCAGAGCCACCCAUCGCAACAGCAGCAGGCCCAGUCCAAGGACAUGCCUCCCAGGUUCAGCAAGAAAGGACAGCUCAACGCAGACGAGAUCAGCCUGAGACCUGCACACUCAUUCCCUGUCAACAAAAACCAAGUGCCAAAGCUGCAGCCGCAGAUUCCCACCAUGAUUCCUCCAAGCGCACAGCCGCCCCGCAUCCAGACACCUCCUCUCGGACAGCCUCAGCUUGGUCUGAAAACCAACCCCCCUGUCAUCCAAGAGAAACCUCAGAAGACCAACAAGAAACCUGCUCCUGCAAAGGAGGAACUUCUUAAAAUGACAGAGACCAUAGUGACGGAGUACCUGAACAAGAAGGGCAUGGAGGAGGCAGUAAGCGGCGUCCGGGAGAUGAAGGCCCCCAAGCACUUCCUGCCAGAGAUGCUGAGCAAGAUCAUCAUGUGCUCCCUGGAGCGCUCAGACGACGACAAGGAGCAGGCCAGCGCCCUCAUCAACACCCUUCGCUCAGAGGGUCUCGUCACUGGGGAGAAUUUCAUGCAGGCUCUCCUGAAUGUACUGGACCAGUGUGCUAAGAUCGAGGUGGACAUCCCGCUGGUGAAGUCGUACUUGGCGCAGUUUGCGGCGCGAGCGAUGAUGACUGAGCUGGUGAGUGUGGAAGAGCUGGCCCACCCGCUGGAGAACGGCACCCACUUCCCCUUCUUCCUGCUCUGCCUGCAGCAGGCCUCCAAGCUCAAGGACCGCGACUGGCUCAUAGACCUCUUCCAGCAGAGCAAGGUCAACAUGCAGAAGAUGCUCCCUGAGAUUGACCAGAAUAAGGACCGCAUGCUGGAGAUCCUGGAGGGCAAGGGCCUGAGCUUCCUCUUCCCCCUGCUCAAGCUGGAGAAGGAGCUGCUCAAGCAGAUCAAGGCUGACCCGUCCCCACAGGCCAUCUACAAGUGGAUCAAGGACAAUAUCUCCCCCAAACUGCACACCGACAAGGGCUUCAUCAACAUCCUCAUGACCAGUUUCCUGCAGUACAUCUGUGCGGAGUUGGGUGUGUUGGAGUGUGAGGAUCAGGAGCAGCUGGCGUCCCCGUCUAAGGAGCAAAUGGAGCAGGAGAAGCAGCUGCUACUGGCCUUCAAGCCCGUCAUGCAGAAGUUCCUGCACGAGCACACACACCUGCAGGUCAGCGCCCUCUAUGCCCUGCAGGUGCACUGCAACGCCUACUCCUUCCCCAAAGGCAUGCUGCUGCGCUACUUUGUGAACUUUUACGACAUGGAGAUCAUCGAAGAAGAAGCCUUCCUAGCAUGGAAAGAAGACAUCACCCAGGAAUUCCCAGGAAAAGGAAAAGCAUUGUUCCAGGUGAACCAGUGGCUGACGUGGCUGGAGACAGCUGAGGAAGAGGAGUCUGAAGACGAGGGCGACUGAAGACAACCAGCCAAAGCCUCAUAAGUGUAGAAGAAAACCUCUGGAUUUUGACCUUAACCCAUAAUCCACCGCACAACAACCACUUGACCUGCCCCUCUGCUGCUCAACUCGUACUGUACACUAUAAAAGCAUUAUGAUGAAGACAUGGGUGUGUUACACCAGUGAGGCCAUUUCUGGGGGGUUUUUUGUUUGUUUGUUUUUUGUGUUUUGUUUUGUUUUUGUUUUUGUUUUUUUGCUUUUUACCAUUAGGUAAUGCUGCAUGAAAUGAACAUCAUUAGGGUUUUGUGUUGUUUGUGUGUGUGAGUAAGUAAGUAUGGGCAAUGGGGCAGACUGCGCCACAGCUCAACAGGUGUGUUCCUCAUGGCUGUCCUGGGCUUGUUGAACAGCUUCUUUUCACGGAGUGUGUGUAUCACCUCCCUACCAAUCCCCACCGCGACCUGCUUGUGCCUCAGAUAAACAACCCUCUAGAAGACCAUCAGAGGUCUGAUUGCAAUUGGAGAGGGAGAGAGAGAGCAAUUACAGACUCGUGCCUC